AGCUCCUCCUCCUCUUCUGGGCUCUUCAGUUAUUUUUUUUCCUUCUCGGAAAAGUCAAGCGAGCAGAACACGGCUGAGAAAGCAACGGGAGGACACGCAGCGCUUGGGCGUUCCCUGGACCUUCCUUGACAGCCUUCCUGGGGGCUUACCUGCCAGUCCUGCAGAAUGAGUUAUCCCGGGUAUCCUCCUGCCGGUGGUUAUCCACCUGCUGCUCCAGGUGGCAACCCCUGGGGGGCUCCCAGCUAUCCUCCUGCAAACCCUCCUCCAAUUGGGCUAGAAAAUGUUGGAAGCUAUGCCAGCCAGUUUAAUCAGGACUAUAUGUCAGGCAUGGCUUCCAACAUGUCGGGAACAUUUGGUGGUGCCAACGCGCCACAGAGCAUGUACCCUCAAGCCCCCGGUGGCUACCCCCCAGUUCCCCCAGGGGGCUUUGGACAAGCUCCUGGAGGCUAUGGACAACCUCCUCAAGGACAGCAGCCAUCCUACGGAAUGUACCCACCAGUGCCAGGAGGAAACCCGCCAACAGGAAUGCCAUCUUAUCCAGGGUACCCAGGUGGCCCCAUGCCACCAGCAGGACAGCAGCCCCAGCCGUAUCCUGGGCAACAGCCAUAUCCUGGGCAGCAGCCAAUGCCGCCAUCAGGGCACCAGCAGCCUAUGCCAAGUUACCCUCCUGGCCCAGCUGUUAAUCCUUCUAUGCCAUCUUACCCAGGACCAACAGUGCCCACCAUUACUCCCGGAGCAACAAUGCAGUCGGGAAACCGAGGCACAAUCCGUGAUGCUCCGUCCUUUGACCCUCUGAGGGACGCAGAGGUGUUGAGGAAAGCCAUGAAAGGGUUUGGAACCGACGAGCAGGCAAUCAUUGAUUGUCUGGGAAGUCGCUCGAACAAGCAACGCCAGCAGAUUCUGCUCUCUUUCAAAACUGCUUAUGGAAAGGAUUUGAUCAAGGACCUAAAGUCUGAGCUUUCCGGCAACUUCGAGAGGGCAAUCUUGGCAAUGAUGAAGACUCCUAUCCAGUUUGAUGUUUAUGAAAUAAAAGAAGCCAUCAAGGGCGCUGGCACGGAUGAAGCCUGCCUGAUAGAAAUCCUGGCAUCUCGCAGCAAUGAGCACAUUCGGGAAAUCAGUCGGGCAUACAAAGCGGAGUAUAAGAAAACUUUGGAAGAAGCCAUCAGAAGCGACACAUCUGGACACUUCCAGAGGCUUUUAAUCUCACUGUCUCAGGGAAACAGAGAUGAAAGUACCAGUGUCAACAUGGCGGCUGUCCAAAGCGAUGCUCAGGCGCUGUAUGCAGCAGGAGAAAAUCGACUUGGAACUGAUGAGUCCAAAUUCAAUGCAAUUCUCUGUGCCAGAAGUAGAGCUCACCUAAUAGCAGUUUUCAGUGAAUAUCAGCGAAUGUGUAACCGUGACAUUGAGAAGAGCAUAAUCAGAGAGAUGUCUGGAGACCUUGAAUCUGGGAUGCUGGCAGUAGUUAAGUGUGUAAGAAAUACACCUGCUUUCUUUGCUGAGAGGCUACACAAGGCCAUGAAGGGAGCUGGAACCAAAGACCGGACUCUCAUUCGCAUCAUGGUGUCACGCAGUGAGGUUGACCUGCUAGACAUAAGGCAGGAAUACAAGAGGAUGUAUGGCAAAUCUCUCUACACAGACAUUACGGGUGACACUUCUGGAGACUACAGGAAGAUCCUGCUGAAAUUGUGUGGUGGAAAUGACUAAGUUGAGUCACCUGGAUUUAAAAAAAAAAAGCUGGUUUUAUGCUAUCAUUUCACACAUGCUGUCAAAACUUCAAAUAUCCAGAAGAUUCUUUCUCUAAAGUGCCACGUUAUUCCUUUCUUUGAAUAAUAUACUAUGAGUACAGAAAUAAAUCCUGCUAUAGAGAGGAAGGCUGCUCCACCAGAUAACUGUAGUUCACAAACAGGUUUUUGCUUUCUUAUUGGGGGGGGGGACCACACCCCACUGUAUGGAAGUGGCUUGUGUUGCGUGAAUAGCUUUUGUUUGGAAUCACCUUUAUUUGUGCGAGCCAAAUGAUUCUAUACAGCUUUGCGUCUUAUACAAAAAAUGUUUUGUACUUUUUGUGUGUGGUGCAUGGUGCAUUUAAUAUUUACAUGCUUGUUGCCUAAUAUAUUUUUUAAAAAAUCCUGUUCUGAACAGUGAUUGGGUAGACUUUCAGACCCUGUUCACUCAUUGCUGUCCAAGGAGAAAUGUAAAAGUCUGGCUCGAAUCUUUCUGCUGCCUUAUGAUGUUUCGAAUGCUGGAUCUCCCUGAAGUCUGUGAUAUUGCCCCUAAAUUGAAGGAGAGGGGAUGUGUGGUGCGUUGGCAGAAUUCAGGACCAAGAUGUUAGGAAGUCUGCCAGGGUGUUUGUCAUUAGGGUCCCUGUUUCUUGUGCAUUCUUGCAGAUUUAUGCUCCUGCUGAUAACCUGGUGGUUAUGCAUGACCCCGCUUUCAAGAGUGCACCUGCAAAAAUGUGGUACAGCUUUGUUUUCUAUCAGUGCAGGUUCCAUAACUUCCUGCUGGAACCUUGUAAUGUUUUCUACUAGAAACGUUCCAGUUUAUUUUUUUGUCCCAUUUUCACGUGCUAAGAGAGCAAGGCUGCUGUUGUUGAAGCAUCACAGAACAACUGAGACAGCGGGAUAGUGUAUGGUUGAGCCUCCCACUGUUCCUAAUGCACUGUUGUGCCAAUGGCGUGUUACAAAGCACACCCACAAAAACCUAACUCUGCUAAGGCUUAGACUUGCCAAUGAGAGCUUUCCUCUCCAAGCAGUAAUAGCAGCAUGAAAUGGAGCAGUUACUUUCUGUUCAGAGUUGCGAUAGGAGAGGAAAGGGCUUAAUCUCUCUGUUCAUGCAGAAUCCCAACACUUCCAACACACACAGCCAUUUUUAAAACUUAAAAAUCUAUUGGCUCUCUGUUGAUGUCUUCAGCAUCAUAUCUAGUUUAGCUCUCAGGGACAGCCUACAAUCAAACAUUUCCACUCAUUCAUUUUUCAAUAUGCGGAGGAUCAGCUUUUUCUCUUGAAAGCAACAUAUGAACAAGCCUUCAUUGUUAGAAAAGGCUGCUUUACAAGCCCCAAACCUUUUAUUGGAAUAUAAACAGGAACACAGAAGGCAAUGGAGAUUCCACAUAAAAUGCUCCUCUUUUAAAAAAAAUAGGCACAAAGGAAACCCCCAUUGAUUUAAGCAAUUCAGCACAUGUAUCACUUUCCCCAUUCAGUUCCCUGAUUCUUAGAUGGACUUGCCGCUAGCAUGAUCCAGCCAAAGUUGUCUUUUGGGGGGCAGCUCGAAAUGCCUUCAAUCUGAGUGUAUGCCAAAGCUUUUUCUCUUUGUGUGUUUUUGUAGAAUUCUUCCUUAAAAAUCAAAUAUAUAAUUUUUUUAAAAGAAGAUUUGUACAAAUAAACCAAAUUAGUAUCCAA